AUGCUGGGAGCGGCUGGAACAAAUCCGAUGUGGAGAAAGGCAUAUGGUACAUUUGACGCAAAGUAUGUCUAUAUAUUCACAACCUUGAUUUUUGAGGUCGGCUCCGCGAUAUGUGGUGGUGCUCCCAACAUGAACGCUCUUAUUGUUGGUCGAGCUAUUUGCGGACUGGGAGGAAUAGGAAUGUAUAUCGGUGUCAUGACUGUGAUGUCCGAGAAUACAUCAAAGACUGAGCGGCCAGUAUAUCUUGGGCUGAUAGGUGGUUGGUCCUUUCAUAUGAGGGGGUUUUGCCGACAGUGGAGCCACGUGGCGAUGGGGAUUCUAUAUCAACCUUUGCAUUGGAGGAAUCUUCGCUCCUGUAUAUGUAUUCCUCAUCCCAAACCCCGAUCUAACUUGGGUCUUCUUGGUAUAUGGAGACAAAUUGACUGGCUUGGUGCCUCACUUCUCUUGGGUGCCAUUGCAUCCCUGCUAAUGGCCAUUGCCUUUGGCGGACUACUAUUUCCAUGGAAUUCCGGAUUUAUCAUUGGGCUUUUCGUCACUGGAGGUGUUUUGUCUAUAGCAUUGGCAAUUCAGCAAUUAAAUACGCUAGGGACAACAGAAGAACACAGACUGAUUCCGAUAGAAUACCUUCAGUCAAAAGAUAUAGUUAUUUUAUUCAUUGAGACAGCCUACGCCGGAGCAGCAGUGUUCCUUCCAAUAUACUUAAUUCCUAUUUUCUUCGAAAUCAUCCACGGCGAGUCUGCAUUGGGUUCCGGUCUCAAGCUCCUCCAUUUAUCUUGGUUUUGGUUACUAUGA